UGCCCGGGUAGCCGGGCGAGGGUAGGGCUGGCCUGGCCCGGGGCCCCUCGCGGCGGCGGCGGCACUGGCGGGAGGCGCAGGUGGGUCUGCGGGGAGGCCGGAGCGGGUCGGGCGCGGCGACCCCCCGCCAAGUCGUUCGCGUGCGCGCCGCCAGGGCCGUAUGCAAAUUAGGGCCCGAGCCGGUGGCCCCGCCCACUCCCGCGAGCGAGGAAACACGGCGGGCGGCAGGGAACGCCUCCCGGCAGCCCCGCCCCAGGAGAGCCCUGGAGCAGCCUGCUGCAGAGGGGAGAAUGAAAGUGCUCUGUUGUCGGCACGGUUAUGAUGGAGAUCCGCUGCGGUGGCCUCAUAUUCAGCUCCAAGUUUGACUCAGGGAACUUGGCUCACGUGGAAAAGGUGGAGCACCAGGAGGGUGAUGGCGACAGCCCUGGGAACGGGGGCAGCACUUCGGUGCUCUUUGGCAGCUCCCUCCCUGUGGCCGACUAUGAAUUUAACGUGUGGACCAAGCCGGACUGCGGAGACACGGAGUAUGAGAACGGGAACAGAUCCUGGUUUUACUUCAGCGUGAGGGGGGCAGUGCCAGGCAAGCUGAUCAAGAUCCACAUUGUGAACAUGAACAAGCAGACCAAGCUCUACGCUCAGGGGAUGGCUCCCUUGGUCAAAACGGUGCCUGCCAGACCCCGCUGGGAGCGCGUCCGCGAGCGGCCUGCCUUCGAGAUGGCGGAGGCCCAGUUUGUGCUGUCCUUCGUGCACCGCUUCCUGGACUGCCGCGGGGCCACCACCUACUUUGCCUUCUGCUACCCCUUUUCCUACUCCGAGUGCCAGGAGAUGCUGGCCCACCUGGACGCCCACUUUGGGGAGUGCCGGCACCUCCUGCCGAGCAGCCCCGUUAGUCGGAGGUCAGGCGCAGACCCUAGAAAGGCUGAGGGGAAGCCGCGCCCCACCGCCCCGCACCGCCCCCGGAAGUGCCCUCGAGGAGGACGCGCCAAGGGGAGGAAGGAGGAGGCCCUGCCCAGGGAGAUGCCCUCCCUGGAUUCAGUCUACUACCACCGGGAGCUGCUGUGCUACUCCCUGGACAGGCUCCGUGUGGAUCUGCUGACCAUCACAUCCUUCCAUGGCAUGCAGGAAGAGCGGGAGGCCCGGCUGGAGAAGCUCUUCCCCGACAAGAACACGCCCCGACCACACCACUUUGUGGGAAAGAGAGUGUUCUUUCUCAGCAGCAGGGUGCACCCCGGAGAGACCCCCUCCAGCUUUGUUUUCAACGGCUUCCUGGAGUUCAUCCUGCGGGAGGAGGACCCGCGGGCCCAGAUGCUGAGGCGCAUGUUUGUCUUUAAGCUCAUCCCCAUGUUGAAUCCAGACGGGGUGUUACGGGGCCACUACCGGACAGAUGCCCGCGGCGUCAAUCUGAACCGCCAGUAUUUGAGCCCCGACGCGGAGCUGCACCCGGCUGUGUAUGGGGCCAAGGCCGUCAUGCUCUACCACCACGUCCACAGCCGCGUCCAGCCCGGCUCCCCCGACUGGCGGCCCCACGUCUCUCCCCUCGGCACCAAAUCUACCAAUCGGCGUGCAUCACACAGCCAUCCCCCACCUGUGGGGGGGGAGGAGGAGGAGGCCCCCCUGUCUAAGCUGGAGAAAGCCAACAACCUCCGCAACUGUGCGGGAGACCCCUGCCUCGCCCCAUCUCAGGACCCCGAGCCCUUGGAGGCGCUGGGCAGCAAGGACCCGGAUGUCUGGAUCCUCUCCGAAGAGCCGACCUCCGAGUACUGCGAGCACGAAGCGGAGAGUCCCCCGCCCGUCCCAGAAGCCAUCCCUGCCCAUCAGAGCGGCCUGGCCUACUACGUGGACCUGCACGGCCACGCUUCCAAGCGCGGGUGCUUCAUGUAUGGGAACAACAUCUCUGACGAGAACUACCAGGUUGAAAACAUGCUCUUCCCUAAGCUCAUCUCCUUGAACUCGGCUCACUUUGAUUUCAUGGGCUGCAACUUCUCGGAAAAGAACAUGUAUGCCAAAGACAAGCGGGAUGGACAGUCCAAGGAGGGCAGUGGGCGUGUGGCCAUCUACAAAGCCUCAGGCAUCAUUCACAGUUACACACUGGAGUGCAAUUACAAUACUGGGCGAUCAGUGAACACCGUUCCGGCAGCCUGUCAUGAUAAUGGGCGGGCAACCCCUCCGCCCCUCCCAGCGUUCCCCUCCAAAUACACGGUGGAGCUGUUUGAGCAGGUGGGCAGGGCCCUGGCCAUCGCAGCGCUGGACAUGGCGGAAUGCAACCCUUGGCCUCGGAUCGUCCUCUCGGAACACAGCUGCCUUAGCAACCUGCGGGCCUGGAUGCUCAAGCACGUGCGCAGCCUGCGGGGCGUGGGGGGCUGCUCCCGCAGGAAGGGCACCAGACUCCCCCCCAAAGGGGCCAACGGGCUCUCGGCCUCCAGCUCGGAGAACUCCCUCUGCCGGGCCAGGAGCUUCAGCAACGGGAGCAGCAGCAGCAGCAGCUGCCAGCAGGCCUCCUCCUCCCCCCACGCCAAGACCUCGCCCAGCUUUGCCAUCAGCUGCUCCCAUCCGGCUGCUGCCUCGGGGGGCCUGGGCCAGAGCCCUCAGAGAGGAGCCUCACGAGUGCUGGCACUCAUGCGAGAGCCUCCCGUCCAGGAGAAGCGGCGCCACCAGCACCAGCCUUUGCUGCGAGCAGCAGUGGGCAGCCUCCAGGGGCCCCCGCCGCUCCCCCCCACUCCUCGGACCACCACGACUCACCUCCAGCUGCCUGCCAGCCUGGGCCCCUGCUCCCUCCCAGCCACCCUCAACAGCACAGGGCCAAGCUGCAGCAGGCUGCUUGCUGCUACCAAGGCUGGCACGGGAGCAGCUGCCUGCCGUGGACAGGAGGCACAGCGCCCCCGAGAAGAGCUCCAGCCCCCUCCACCUUGUGGCCUGGCGCUGCUGCAGAAUCUCUCAAGGCACCUGGCCACAGAAAAGCUAUCGGAGCCCCUCAGCCUGGGCAUGCUGGUGCCUCGGCCCAGCCGGAUCCCCAUCCGCAGGAGAGCGGCCGCCCAGCACCUGCUCCGGCUGCACAGCGGCAGCGAUGGCUCUUCCCUCAGGGUGUGGAAAUACUCCGCCUCGCAGCUGCCAGUGCAGAGCUCCUUGCCAGAGUUCCCUCUGGAAGUGCCGGAGCUGACGGUGCCAGGUGCGAGGGAAGACCCGCUUUUUCUGUGCAACACUCCCAAGGUUUUGCUGGACGAGCAUCUCCCGGGGCGAGCCGAGUCCCCCCAGCUCACCUACCACAAGAUCCUGUCUUUCUGCACUGAGGCCUGACGUCCCGGGGGGGGCCCUGCGGCAGCAGCAGGCCUGUUCCAGCACCUCAGACGCCUCCCCCCCUCCCCACGCCAGGUGGGAGAGGCCUCUGGAGACCCCUUUCCUGCUGGCUCCUGGCAAGUUCCCAGCCCGCCUCUCCCCCCGCGCCUGCCCCUGCCCCUUCAAGCCAAAGCUGCUCUUUGGGCCACAGCAGCCACUGGUGCUGGCUCUGGGCCGCCGCCCCCAAUUCCGGGACCCCACCCCACACUCUGCUUGCAGCCCGCUGCACAAGACCCCUUAGGCCUGCCGGGAAAGGGCUGCUCCAGCUGUGUGGCUCCAGUGGUCCCCCGCCCUCCGCCAGGACGUGUCCGCCACACACCCCUGUAGCACACAGGCAGACCCGAAGAACCUCAUCAAGAGUGUGUGCAUGUGUGGCGAGUGCCAUGCGACCAGCCCUUCCCCGCCACCUCCGCCUCAACCAACAGGCGGCAUCUGGAGUCUCUUGGAAAGGCGGAUUCCCAGCCAGCCUGGCCCCCGCCCAGUCCCACAGGCAGGGGCACCCAUGGGGCCCCUUCUGCAGCUGUACAUAGUCGGUUCCUGGGUUGGAAGCUAUUUUUUGAAAUGAGGUGGUCUUGUAAUGUUUCUAUUAAUAAAUUUUGUUUGGCAAAAAAAGAGA